CUAAAGCUACAUAAUUUCUGAAGCACAAUGGAAGUCACUAAAGUCUUUUUUAUGCUCUGUUUUCUCGCUCUUGCAGUAAAUUGUAGAGAAUUCUUCCAGGAUGACGACUACAAAGAAGAAGAAUACGACAACGACAAAAAUCCGGAUUUUAGUGACGAAGAUUUUACUGAAGAUUUAGAUGAAGAUAACGAGGAUGCUGCUGCUCCUCCUCCAGAUAACUUUGGCAUGUGCAAUAGAGUAAAUCUUCCAUGUGAUCACUGCAGUUCUUGUCGUACAGGUGGAUGGUGCAUCAAAAAUCCAGGAAACAAACCAAAAUGUCUAUGUAACUAUGGUUGGACUGGACCAAAAGCUGAAUGGGUACCAAACACUAACGAUCCAGCCUGGGGAAUCAAUCGAAUCAGAGCUGAGAAUUGUUUGAAACCAUGUCACUACACACAUCAUGUCAGAAAUAAAACUUGCGUUGCAAAAACAGGAAACUUAGACAUCCAAUGCCACCCGGACUGUGGUAAAUACCAAGGGAAGUGCAAUAAAGCAACAGGUCGGUGUGAGUGCUGUCGUGGAUGGACUGGACCUCAUGGUGUUUAUGAUCACACACAUGGAAGAUAUGUUGCUGAUUUCUGCAAUAAAGAAUGUCCUUUCCUAGGAGUUGGAAUUCCAAAUCCAACUUGCAAAAAAAAUCAUAAUGAUCAUGUGCCUACAUGCAAUCCAAAAUGCGUUAAAAGCGACGGAAAAUGUUUAAAAGAUGGUCGAUGUUUAUGUUGCCUGGGAUGGACUGGUCCCCAUGCCCAAUUCGUCCAUUCUGGACAUAGUAAAGGAAAGAUCGUUGCAGAUUAUUGUGAUGUAUACUGUCCGUAUACCCUGCACAGACAUAACAAGUUGUGCGUAGUCCCUGAUUACAUCACCAGACGAAGAGCUGCUGGUCAUAUGAUCUACGUGUAAACAUCCAAAAUCCAAAAACGAAAAAAAUAAAGAAGUGGAAUUAGCAAAAGGAGACAAUAAAAUUUGACAACAUGUCAAUGGAGCUGGUUAGCUUCGUGCAAUAAGUUUUUAAAUCAUUUUAAAUAUAUCAUAGAAUCUAGACAUUUUUAGUACUUUUUUAUGCAAAUAAUUUGAUGUAUGAUACAUAUCGUUGGUUAAAAAAUGUCAAUCUUAAACUAAA